AUGGCGGGCGUCGUUACAGCGGCAUAUUCUGCAGACGGCUUAGCAUCGCCCGUGGAUGGCUCGCAAUGGGAGUUUGCGGUGCCACUUGUGAAUGAGGACAACCACGCAUCGAAACAGCGCAACUCGCACGACUCAACUUCCGUCCGCGCAAAAUUUUCUCGACAGCGUACCUCGAAUGGCUCACGCAGCUCCUCCGUCUCCCGCAAUGUCCACACACACGAAUCGCCCUAUUUGGCCUCAAACAGAGGACGGAGGGAACACAGUCUCAACCGACAUGGAAGUGAAGUAGGCAGCAUGCGAGAUGCUUUUGGUCAUGAGACAGCCGGUCCUAAAGAGCCCGAGGAGGCCAAUGAUGGGCUUCGAUUGUAUCUGGACGGAAAUACGAAUCAGGAAAAAUGGAUCCAUCGAGACAAGUUGGCUAAGAUCGAGAGUGAGGAGCUCCACCAGGCAGCCAUUCUUUUCCAGCGACGGAUGAGAGGAGAAAGCAAAUCAAGUGGGGGACGUGGGAGAAGCCAUGAUCCACAGAACCCUGCCAAUGGGACUGGUACGGCGACCUCACCUGCUGCAGAAUACUCCGAACCCUGGCCGAAAAUAAAGGAAGAACUCGACAAGCAGGACGGGGAUGUGAAUGGUAACAUAGACGACAAUGAGCGGGAACAUUGGGAUCUCCGCCGACCAGAAGAGAUUGCUGCAGACGAUGCAGCCGCCAGCAUCUACAGCCACCCAAGCCUUGGAAAAAGCGCAUCCCGAAUACCUGUCUCUACAGUUAGCCCAGUUCCCAUAUCCAGCGCCAUUGGCCGCGAUUCUCGCAGUUCACGAAGCCGUGCUGCAACAGAUGAAGACGACCGGUCUUCACGCAGCCGCAGAGCUAGUGAACCUAUCAAUAUUGAGCAGGAUGCUUCAAUCACUUCUCCAGGAAGUCGACCAGGCAGCCGCGGAUUCAACAGUACACAGAACACCCUGGGAAAGAAGAUAGUCAAGAACACCGGCUCUACCAACCGAAAGACCUCUGCUCCACCCACGAACAGGAAGGCGAGCACCCCUCGGUCUCGUGCUGUAUCCGGUAACAACACCCAACGCCCUACCACCCGGUCAGGUGAAGGCCGCCCUCCAACAGCUGUUAACCGGCCCGAAGGAGACCCACCUUGGCUGGCAACUAUGUACAAGCCCGAUCCCCGCCUUCCACCAGACCAGCAGAUGAUCCCCACCGUCGCCAAAAAGAUUAUGCAGGAACAGUGGGAAAAGGAAGGCCGGACACCGAACACAUACGACCGCAACUUUGCGCCCCUUGCAGUGCACCCAUUCGAUGCGCCGCCUCCUGUAGCCACCAAGGCUGAGCCAGAACAGCAACCUGUGGAGACUCUACAGCUCGAAGAGUUGCCCCCUCAGCCGCCAAAGAGCCCUGAACCAACCCGCCCAAAUACAAGUACCGGCUACAGUACCAUGCCAAAGGUGCAGGACACACCCCCAAUGGGACUGACACCCAAUCCCAAUCCCAACUGGAACCCCCCAGUUGUCACCGCGCAGCAACUACCAAAGAAAGAUAAGAGCUGCGGAUGCUGCAUUGUGAUGUGA